AUGCAAUCUCGAACCUGUCCAAAAUGCGGUACAAAAAUUGGUGGAGAACAUCAUGUAGCAGCAGAGGGUCAAACAAGAUUAAGCCCAGGUCAGGUUCAAAAUGUCAUCACUAAUAGUGAUAAAAGAGGCUAUAUAAUGGAAUCGGGCUCAUUAGAUCAAAGCAAAAGCGUUCGUGAAAUGACUACUUCUUCAUACAGAAUUUUGCAUCUUUUCAUUCAUGCUCUCAUUGCCGUCUCUCCGUUUUCACAAACAUUCCUUAAAAAUAUUUCUGACCCUAUUGCACAUUGUAUGGAUCAUGUCAAUAAAGAUUGGGACGUAUUAAAGACUACAUUAAAUUGUAACGAUGAGGAUUUAGCUUUAAUAUUACAUGACAUACUUCAUUCGAUGUCUGAAGAUAAACAAUUUUCAACUCCUACAUUAUCAACAACGCAAGCACGAAUGACUUGGGAAGGUCGAUUUACCACACGAUAUGUUAACAAUCGGGCUAGAAAUCCUGCAGCUGCCUCAAUGGAUAUGCGUAGUAAACUCCAAAAGGCAAAAGAUGAGAGGAAGAAAAAAACCACAGUUUUUGAAGCAGAGAUAAAUGAAACUUUGGUAUUUGAUGAUAGUUAUAGCGCAAAACGAUUGCCUAAACUAUGGAGACGUAUUAAGAAUGCAAGUCUUGCCGACUUUCGUGUAUUUUACUUAAAUAAUGAAACCUAUUGCAAACAUUUUCCAUUUAUCUCAAUCUACUUCAAGUACGAGAAACUUAUACCACACCUGAAACAUAUAUAUCACUUAGUUAAAUUUUCACGUAUACUUUCCAUGCGUCUUAAUUAUCGUAUUAAACGAAAUGAUGCAUUAAAUAUGACAUUCCGUAAGUUCAUUGCCGAACAUGGAGAACUUCAACAUUCCCUUAAAGCUGCAUUUGAUAAUUUUGCAGAAUCCUGGAAUGCCAUGAUGCCACUUAUAGAAAGAUAUCAAUGCCAUGAUUUACCUACAAAUAAGCCCAGAAUGAAUUUGGAUUGUCAAAUUGUUUUUGGUCUUGUAGAAGGAAAGGAUGCCGGCCUAUUUUUAUGUGCGGCAUUGGAAUAUCUAGUCGAUAUUCAAAACAGAUUCCUACGCGAUGUUAUGAGUAUUAAACCUGGAACAUGCCAUUCAUUGAAAUUUAUUGAGAAUCAAAAAGGAUCGGACACAAAUAAUCCAUAUCUCAUCAAAUCUGUACGGCUAGAAGAUGCUAGACAAACUAAUCUUAUCGACUAUGAAUGGAAUCCAAAAUUGUUAAAAUAUAGUCAAUGCCUUCUUGAUGUUGGUAAAGGCAAGGAGCUUAUUUAUGAUCUUUAUAAAAUUGAAGAAGAACUUGUUAAGGAUUUAGUGUUUAACAAAACAUAUUUAGAACCCUGUGAGCCAGGUGGUCUCAUUUUAGAACCAUUCUAUUAUUGCAUGGAAAUGUUUCAAUGUUCCACAACAAUAUUGUAUGAUAUUAAACAAAAAAUUAAACAGGAAUCUAUACCACAAAAUAUGUUAGCAUUACUUAUUGGUGGAAUUUCAUCAAAUUAUCCUUCUGAAUUUAGCAGUAGCGCCGGAAAUGUAGAGAUAAUACUGUCAGGCAAUGAAUCAGAAUUAUUAUCUGCUUUAGAACUGCUUUUAUGUUUCGUUAAGAGAACCGCAGGAAGUGAUGGAAAUAUUACACUCAAAAAUUAUAUUCAACAUUGGGUGAAGCUUUCUGUUCUCACAGAAAAUAAAGCACUAGAAAAAGUGCUAAAUACUGGUUUGCAACUCAAGCACGUUGUUGCGCUUUAUGAAAUUGUUGAAGGAAAGGUUGCAGAUAUUAUGAUAGAAAGUAUUACCAUAAAAUACAAAGCUAGUCUCACAAGAGAAAUAGAAAAAGAGAUAGUAGCAUCUUGCUCUUUUGAUGAAAAGGAUAUCAAACUUAAUGCAAAUCUCAUUACAGCUGAAGCAUUUAUGAAUGCAUUAAAACGAUUCAUGUUUCGUCAGUUAUUAGUAGAAACUAUACGAGAAGAUCACCCGUUAUCAGAAUAUUUGAAUCAAACAGCUCUCUGCUGUUGGCCAGAUAAUAUGGAUGAGGAUUCAAUUUCAGAUAUGUUUCCUAUGUCACUCUUGAUAAAACAUACAUAUGAAGCAUAUCAUUUUGUAAAAAGAAGGGUAGAGGUAAUAUUGCGUUAA